AUGGAAGCUGGACAGACUACCAGUGGGUUCGGCAAGAACCCAAGACCGCCAAAGGUCAAAAACAAGAAUCCCGCUCCUAUCCAGAUUACGGCCGAGCAGAUUCUUCGUGAAGCCCACGAUCGUCGUCUAGAACCAACCCAUUCCAUCCCUCAACAGAAAAUCACCGAUUUGGAAGAAUUGUCGGAAUUCCGUCAACGCAAACGAAAAGAAUUCGAAGAUAACAUUCGCAAGAAUCGUCUCAAUGUCAGCAAUUGGCUCAAAUAUGCAGCUUGGGAAGAAAGUCAAUUGGAAUUUCAACGAUCGCGAUCCGUGUUUGAGCGUGCUUUGGACGUCGAAUGGCGUAACAUUGCCAUUUGGUUACGUUAUGCCGAGAUGGAGAUGAAGAACAAGAAUGUCAGCCACGCUCGCAAUGUGUUGGAUCGUGCUACCACCUUGCUGCCACGCGUCGACCAGUUCUGGUACAAAUACACUUAUAUGGAAGAAAUGUUGGGCGAUGUUCCCAAAGCACGCAAUGUGUUUGAACGCUGGAUGAAGUGGGAACCCGAUGAGGCAGCAUGGCAAGCCUACAUCAAAAUGGAACUUCGUUACAAUGAACAUGAACGAGCCAGAGCCAUUUAUGAACGAUUUGUCAGUAUUCACCCUGAACCAAAGCAUUGGAUCAAAUGGGCCAAAUUCGAAGAAGAGCACAAUAAUUUGGAUAAAUGCCGAGAGAUUUAUACAGAAGCAAUACAGUAUAUGGGUGACGAUAAACUGGAUCAAAAAGUGCUUGUUGCUUUUGCCAAGUUUGAAAUCAAGAUGAAGGAGUUUGAACGUGCUCGAGUUAUUUUCAAAUAUGGACUGGAUCGUCUUCCGAAAUCAAAAUCGGAAUCCCUCUAUAACCAAUACACGAACUUUGAAAAGCAGCAUGGCAACAAGGAAGGCAUUGAAAAUGUCGUCAUUGGUAAAAGACGUGUUCAGUAUGAAGAAGAGAUCGAGGCGAAUCCAAAGAAUUACGAUGUAUGGUUCGACUACGCGAAACUGGAAGAAUCGGCAGGUGAUGCUACACUGGUGCGUGAAGUAUACGAACGUGCUAUUGCACAAUUACCACCAGCACAAGAAAAACGGUACUGGCGACGUUACAUUUACUUGUGGAUCAACUAUGCUUUAUACGAAGAAAUCGAAACGGAAGACAUUGAACGAACCCGAGAAAUUUACAGCCAAUGCAUCAAACUCAUACCACAUCAACAAUUCACAUUUGCCAAGAUCUGGCUCAUGUAUGCCCAAUUCGAAAUCAGACAGCUCAAUAUCACCACGGCAAGGAAACUGCUUGGUCGCGCCAUUGGUCAAUGCCCCAAGAACAAAUUGUUCAAAGGCUAUAUAGAUCUGGAAAUGCAGCUUCGAGAAUUUGACCGUUGUCGUACCCUUUACACCAAAUAUUUGGAAUACAAUCCCGCCAAUUGCACAGCGUGGAUCAAGUUUAGUGAACUGGAAAAAAUGCUGGGUGAGAAAGAACGUUGUCGUGCCAUUUUCGAAUUGGCCAUCGGUCAGCCCGUGCUUGACAUGCCGGAGUUAUUGUGGAAAGCGUAUAUCGAUUUCGAAAUCGAAGAAGAAGAGUACAAACGUACGCGCGACUUGUAUGUGCGUUUGUUGGAGCGUACAGAUCACGUCAAGGUGUACAUCAGUUUUGCUCAGUUUGAACUGUCGGUACCCUACGAGGAGGGAGAUGAUCAAGGCGUACGACGUGCACGCAAGAUCUUUGAAACUGCCUAUGACAGCAUGAAAGAUAAGAAGCUGAAGGAAGAGCGUGUAUUACUACUUGAAUCGUGGAAAGACUUUGAAGAGAAUUACGGUACAACCGAAACUCAAGAAGCGGUUCAGAAGAAGAUGCCCAAGGUGGUUAAGAAGAGAAGAAGAGCACCAGAUUCCACGGAAGAUAAUAUCAUUUGGGAAGAAUACUUUGACUACAUCUUUCCCGAUGAUGAAGUACAGAGCAAAAAUCUCAAAUUGCUGGAAAUGGCUCAAGCCUGGCAAGCCAAGCAAAAACAAUUACAAGAAAAUCAGAAUCAGAAUCAGGAUGCGUAA